AUGGGUCGUCGUAAAUUACCAUCCAUUCCAUCCUACUCAUCAUAUUCGACUACACCUUCCUAUCCAACACCUCCACCCGGAGCCUCGUACAUCUCGGCGCCACCGUCGAGUAGCGGCCCACCACUGGUCAUGCCGCCUCAAUCCAUGGCACCGUUGGCCGUCCAAACUGAUUCACUAAAACGGCCUACACCUUCUAUUCGUUCCCAAACCUCUCCUGCCCCCGUCUACAUCAACGCCAGCGCUCCGAUUCCAUCUACCUCAUCCAGCUAUUCUAUAUUCGGCGUCAGUUCUACCUGUACUCAAACCGCUCUUCCUCUCGAUAAACUGCCAAAUGGCCAUCUGCCCGAUUAUUCACGUCCUUCUUCUGUUGCUAGUGGUACUUCUUCUAUUGCUCGAUCUUCUUUUGAUCCUGCCAUUAUUCCUGGUGCUUCAUACCAAACCACUGCCAAAUCGAAAACUGCUCUUCGUCAACCCGUCUCCGUGGCCAGGACCAAACCGGCUUAUGUUCCGAAAAUUCCCAACACUCUUGCUCGAGUGCUCCUUAAAAAGGAGCUUAAAGAAGCGCUCAGUCGUCGUCGCGAAGCCCUCGAAGCCUGUGAGAUCGAGGCCAAUCAAAGGCAGUACAUUGUACACAAAAUGCUAGUCACAGGUCUAUUGCCUGAGGCUCGUGAGGACGAUACUCCUAAUGUUACUCACUGUCUUCUGCCGUUGGAACUCAUCAGUGGAGCACGAGUUAUUCCUAAACCGACUCACACCGUCGCCACUCAGAAGAACGACAUCGACUCUCGAUUCACUGCAUCUACUAUUCCAUCACAUAUUCAAUUCAAAUCUCAGCCAACGUCUUCGGCUUCUGCUCAGCCGAGUGUACCAGUUCCUGCUACUCGCUACCAACUUCUGCCAUCAACAUCACUUCGAGCUCAACUCGAUGCCGAAAGGAAACCCCGCCUCAAGGAAUUUGGCAAUGCGAGGACCGUUGAAACGCAGACCGAGCAGCUUUCCACUGCAGACUACGCGCUCGGCAGCUAUCUCACGAAGCCAUCGACGAGUCGAACGACAACGCAGCGAGCCCGAAGUAACGCCAACGUACAGACGAACGACUUACUGGAGGCUACCAAGAAGUAUUUCGAGGAUUACGAUCGGCAACUGAACGAACUGACCGAGAAGGCUAAACGAGCACAACGCCGCCAGUUCGAAUUCCACGAUGACGAUCCUUUGAGUCGAGAAACGAGACGAUUACAACUCAUGGACGAGUUAGCCCGACGUCGGGAACGAAUGUUUGCCAACAUUGACUUGCCGUCCGAGACGUUGCCCUACCGUGCCUAUCACUCACAGCUUGCUCUCGACUCUUCUGAUUAUUCAUCACUGGUACCGCACUAUGGAUCUCUGCCUCGAAUCGACUAUCCGUCACGAAGCAAACGGUCUCCGCUUACUCGUGAUUUCACCAUUCGUCAACAGCCAACAACCUCCAGUUACGCCUACAACUACGGCUCAUUGCCACGUAAUUACGAGCGAUGUCUUGGGCAGCAGUUCAAUCCGAUCCAGGUGGAUUACGAGCAGUCGUUUGGAGCUCGGCCAGCACUGCCAGGUUCGAUGUCACGAUCAAUGUUCGACCUGCACUCCGACAACAUCAUUGAUCCACGCUAUCGUAUGCCGCCGACUGGUGUUCGCUCGUUGAACUACAUGGACCAACUGGGCCUUGAUCGGACGGACCCUCUGGCCUAUACGAGUUCGUUGAGAGGUGACCCGUACCUGGGUGGAAGGCAAUAUGCCAGUGACACCGCCAACAUGCAGAUGCCGUCAACAUUUGCUCAACAACAGGACGAUAUGAUCUCUCGAUAUGCCACCUAUCUGAACAACGAGUUCCAGACUGGUCUUCUGAGUCACGCUGAUCCGUCCAAGGCCUUCUACAUGCCCCCAUCAGCGCCACUUCGAUAUGAGCCACCGUUGACUGAUCCGUAUACGUAUGCGACCAUGCCGUCUACAACUCCGUUGCCUUCCUACACCUACUCGGAACCAGCUACAAUGCCUGGCUACUUGCCUUACGAUGCUCCUCAAGUGUACAGCAGAAACGAGGCCGACUACGGUGCUCGGCCUCCAAAUUAUCCUCUCGAUUACGGUAAUGUGGAGCGUCAACGAUUAUUGCAAGCUGCUCAGAUGCCUGUGGAGGAUCCGUACGCGCCAGUGUUAUCAAGCGGUUCCUACGAUCAACAACGAUUAUCUCAAAUGCCGUCCACUUACUAUUCAUCACAGUAUCCAAUGAUGCCUUCUCGUUCGAGUUAUCCACCUGCACUCUCUUCAUCCGUACCAACUGGCUACAUGGGAAAAACACCUGCUCGAACAUGGUCAGGAAACAUCGAUCCAUCUACGUAUGAUGCCCGAUUCCCACGUGAAGAUGCCUUGUCACGGAUGUAUGCAACAGCUGGAAGACGUCGACCUACAGGUAUGACGACGUUCGACGACCACGCUCCCAGUCCUUCGUUUCUUCUUGACGGCCGAUGA